GAUCUCAAAGGCAGUUUGGGAGGGACAGGACGCGAGGAGAGAGGUAGAAACUAGGGCACCGUUAUCUGGCCCCUUUUUUAGCAACCACAAGGCGCAAGGCACAGAAAGAGAAAGAGAAAGAAAGAGCUGUGGACCGGAGAGCAGGAGAGAGAAGAAGACAUCUCCAGUGAAGCUGCAGAUGAGACGGGGAACCUCUGGAGUCAACAUCUGCCGUCGAGGAUCCAAACAGAAACUAGACAACCUUGACUGUCCUACACGGUUUUUACGACCUCACACACUUCAUCCACACACACACACACACACACACAAGCAUUUCACAUACUCGGCUCACACAACACACGUGCGCGUACACACGUCCACAGCUUUGCAACAUGUUCGAGGAGCAGGCGACCAGGGUCAAGAUCACGUCUGUGGUGAUUGUGGUGGGCAUGGCGUCGAUGCUGGCGGCGGUGGUGACUGACCACUGGGCCGUCCUCAGCCCCCGGGUGGAGAAGCUCAACGCUACCUGCGAGGCGGCCCAUUUUGGCCUUUGGAGGCUCUGCAAGAAGAGCAUCUUCAUUGUCGAGGCGGACCCUCUGGGCAAAGGCUGCGGCCCCAUCAGCUUACCUGGAGCCGAAAACUGUUCCUACUUCAAACACUUUACCUCGGGGGAAGAAGCAGAAGUUUUUGAAGUCAAGACCCAGAAAGAGUACAAUAUCUCAGCUGCAGCCAUCGCCAUCUUCAGCCUGCUCUUCAUGAUCCUGGGCACCCUCUGUGUCGUCUUCUCUUUCGGGAAGGGGCGGGACUACCUGCUCCGGCCUGCUGGGAUGUUUUUCGCCUUCGCAGGCCUUUGCAUCAUCAUUUCUGUUGAAGUUAUGCGCCAGUCUGUCAAGCGCAUGAUUGACAGUGAUGAGACCAUCUGGAUUGAAUACUACUACUCCUGGUCCUUUACCUGCGCCUGCGCCUCCUUCACCCUGCUCAUCCUCAGUGGAGUCUCCCUGCUCCUCAUCUCCAUGCCCCACAUGCCACGUAACCCGUGGGAGACCUGCAUGGACGCGGAGCCUGACACCUUAGAGUAGCCACAGCUGGUUGCCGGGUUGGAGUGACACAAAUACACGUGUUUUUGCAUCUUUUAGCUCUUUAAUUGCAUAUCCUAUGCCACAUAUUUAUCUUUACUUAAAGCCAUUUCCCAAUGCAUGCACAUGCGUUUUUCCAACCUUCCAUGUCCAUUGAUUUUAGAUUAUCUAAAAUAUUGAAAUCAACUUGGAUAGACUUGUGUUAGUUAACCGGCCACAGCAAAAACAAUAAGUUCAUGUUAUCUUCACAUGGAUCGCUGUUACAAGCAGGAAUUGCUUUGACAACUCCUUAUUGGUGUGUUUCAAAGCUGAGGGAUGAUUCAUCCUUAGGCUUAAGAGUCCUUUUUUACCUUUAAAGAUUUUACUAAACUCACCGUAUCACUUUAAUAUAAAGUACAUGUGCUUGUUAAGUGUUUUAGAGGUUUGGUUUUGUGACAACAUUUCUUUUAAUUGCAUUGCUGUGUCUUAAGUUUAGGAUGUUGGCACUUUCCACAAGCACCUGAACACACCACAACAGUUUGAAGUUAGGUUAAAGCCAACAUUGAAGAAAGAGUAGUAAUAGUAUGGUAGAUUUUUUAAUAUAAUACAAUAACGUUAAAUUGUUUAUAGUUGUUAAGGCUAAUCUGACCACAUCGGAACUGUCUGACUCCAGCUAUGUCUGUCACUCAAAUUAAAGUAAAAUGAUAUUCAGAUGCUGUUUUAUACUGGACUAGACUAGAACAAUACAAUUAAAAUAAAACUACAGUAUGACAACAAGCAGGUCAAACAGGACCUUAAGACUUAAAUCAAAUUAGAUACAAAAGACCAGGCAAGAUU